GCGCGGCGCUGCCCCUCCGGCUCCGCUCGUCCUCAGCGCGGCCCGGUUCGGCUCGGCAGGAGGAGCCCCCCCCAGCAUGAGGAGCCCACGGCGCCUCUCCGUGCAGCAGCCCGGCCCCAGCAGCAUCAAUCAGCUCGGGGGGGUCUACACCAACGGCUGCCCCCUCCCCCCGUGCAAAAGGCACCGCAUCAUCCAAUUGGCGGCGCACGGCGUGCGCAGCACCGACAUCUCCCGCAGCCUUCAGGUGUCCAACGGCUGCGUCAGCAAAAUCUUAAGCCGUUAUUACCGGACGGGGUCGGUGGGACCCAAAAGGUUGGGGGGGUGGAAACGUCGCGCCGUUCCCCCCCACGUGGAGGAGCGCAUCGCGCAGCUGAAGAGGGAACGGCCGUCCGUCUUCGCGUGGGAGAUCCGACGGCAGCUCCACGUGGAGGGGGGGGGCGGCAAACGGGGAACCCCCAGCAUCUCCUCCAUCAAUCGGGUGCUGAGGGGUCUGCGGGGGGCGCUGAGCCCCACGGCGCUGCCAGGGGGGGGAGAACGGGGCUCCCCUUCACCCCUCCCCCUCCAUCCCAGCCCCCAUCACAGCUGCAGAACCCCGGACCCCCCCAAGGACCCCCCCGGGGACCCCCCCAGGGACCCCCCCCGCGCCGCAGCAGACAGCGCAGCAGGACGGUGCUGUCCCAACAGCAGUGCAAAGCCCUGGAAGAAGAGUUCCAAAGGGGGCAAUACCCGGACAGCAGCACACGGCGACGGUUGGCUGCAACCACGCAGCUCCCAGACACCACCAUCCAGGUGUGGUUCUCCAACAGAAGAGCCAAAUGGAGACGUGAGGCCAUGCAGCGGAUGGAGGCCAACGGUGCAGGUUCCUGGUGCGAGUGGCUCCUGUCCCCCCCCUCCACGACAGCCCCCAUCUCUGCGCAGAACCUCCCAGCUGCUCCCCCCCCCAGCUUGUUGGAGCCCCUCGGAGCCCCCCCAGGCCUUCCGGCCCCUCUGCACCUCUGCACCCCCAGACCCUGCUCAUGGGACGAUGGCUGCUGUGGCAGCAGCCCCCUCCCGCCUCCCUGGCAGCCCCUGGAAGGUCCCCCCUUGACCCUGCUGCCUUCCUGCCCCCCACUGCACCCCACUGCCCACCUCCAUGCCCCCCCCUGCCCCUGGCUCUGAACACACCGGGCGAUGGGGGGGGCUGCAGCAUGGGGCCCUUGGACCGUGCACCGGAGGAGGAUGGAUUGGCCACAGAUGGAUUCACGUCGAUCUGAAGACGUUGCACCAAAAAGUCACUGCCCUGGAAAGCCCCACGCUUCGUUCUUUGCUCUAAAUAAAAGGUUUU